AUGAAACUGCUUACGUACAAUUUUCUCACUUCCAAGUGUAUCCGUGGGGUAAAAGUUGGAUAUCCUCUGAAAUUAAACGUAAGUAACAAGAAAGAAGUUAAUGCUGAUUUCAACUCGGAAUUCAUCACCCGAAUGCUGCCAAGGUUGGAGUGGAGUGCAAUCUGUGCGGCAGCAGCCAAUGUUGGGUCCGAGAUUCCCAGCACCAUGCCCACCGAUAUCCAGAACGAUAUGGAAACGCUGCAGAAACUUCAUCACAUUCUGCUGGAGGUGGACGUAGUCGAGGGUACGCUCGAGUGCCCCGAAACGGGACGCAUUUUCCCGAUCAACAAGGGUGUACCGAACAUGUUGCUAAACGAGGAUGAGGUUUAA